CCCUAUAGUGUGUCCCUCAAAAUCUCUGUGAAGUUAAAGAAAACGGAAUGGGAGGACCGAAGAGGAAAAUUCCGAUAGAGAAGAUUGAGAAGAAAGAGUCACGAGCCGUUUGUUUCUCCAAACGCCGUAUUGGUCUUUAUUGUAGAGCCUCUGAGCUUUGUCUUCACUCCGAUGCACAAAUUGCGAUCUUGACGACUCCAACGUCUCUUUCUACUCCUUUGGAAGAUGAGAGUCUUGCCAAAUCGGAGGAUUUGGAAGAGUUGAGAAAAGCGAUUGACUCGAUGUCUAAGAUGUUGAGAGAUCUGAAGGAACUGCGUUUGGAUUCAGGGAAUAAUUAUCAAAGAGAUCAUCAAGACGAUGUGAAGAACAACGACAUCAAGAUGACGAAUCUUGUUUCACACGAAACCCUAAAUCUUCAGUUUAGUUCGGAAACUUUUGGCAUUCUUGAUGAUUGUCUCAAAACAGAAACAGAGAUGGUUGUAUUCGAUGAUCAAUUCUUGGAGAUUUCUGAAAGUACAGACAAAUCUACACCAAAGUUGGAUGAUCAAGCGAUGGAUCUUGUUCAAAUCAUAGAUUUUGAGAGUUUGUUCGAUGGCGAUUACGAGAGCACUCAAGAGCAUCCAGAGACUGCUGAAACUAGUCUUUUGAUGAAUUCGGAGAUGGAAGAUGUCUCGAUGGUGAUUGAAAAAUCCAAAUCUUUUUCAAUACAUACAUAAACACUAUUGAUGCAGUUUGAAAUUAGUGAGUCAACUUAUUUUCUUAUAUGUUUUAUGUAUGCAUCAUAACCAAGCUUGGUCUGUUAACUUUGAUUAGAGAUAUUUCUUGUCGAUCCGGUUUGACUUCGACAAGUUUCCAUAUACUUUCAUGGAAAUUGAUUGAACUC